CUUGAAACAAUGAUCUCGAUAUCUCGUUAUUUUAAACUUAUUAUUCGCUUCAUAUUUGUCGCUAAAUUUAAUAAAGAUGAAGAAUAGACGAUUUAAAUAAAGAAAAUAAAAGAUCUUGAAGAAAAAAUGAGAGUUGUCUAAUUUGCCGUCAACUCGUGGCGACUCGUAGCGAAACUUUCAAACACUUUGCAGUAAUGGCCGAUUCGCUAAACCGUAAAAUGUGACUGCGACAGGUUAGGUUAAGUUUGACGAGUUUAUUUUCCGAUUUAUUACUAACGUCUGAGAUGUAUCAAAGUAUAGCGAAAAAAAUACCUGGCGACGUACUGCCUCCCUCGAAAAAAGAAAGUCAAGGAUAUAUUAAGGAUUUAAAGAAAAUACAGACGUUUAAGAUAGAGGAACUUUUAGAAAGACAAAAUAAUAUACUUGCCAAUAAAAAUUUUAUUUCUAAACUUCCUGAUAAGGGAAAGAAAAUUAUUAACUUCCGUGAUAAGAUAUUGAAAGAACUUGAGGAUAGAAAUGAAAUAGAAAAAGCAGCUAAUUUACUAUCACGUCUUAACAUAGCAUCUGAAGGCAAAGCUGCUAUGAGCAAGUUAGAAUGGACAGGCAAAUAUAAUAGUAAUGACAAGAAUAAUGGUGAUACAACCAAAAUUGUUGAACUGGAUAGUGAUGAAGAAGAAGAUCCAUUAAAGAUAUUAGCUCAGCCCACAGGAACUGGUGUGCACAAAAAGAAAAUUGUACAUGUGUUGACUGAGGAGAGUCUCAUCAAGCCAGAGGACUUAGUAGAAAUAAAAUCUUUCAAGAGAAAUUCUUCAGAUGUGGAACAUGUCAAAUAUAUUAUUGAUAAAGUAGAAAAAGUACAAGAGACUAAUAAGAAUAAGGAACCAUUUCGACCUUAUAAAACAACAAAAAGUAAUGUGCAUGAUCCAAUGAAGGAGAAACAAAGAAAGCAGCAUAAAAAUUGGGAAGUUACAGCAGCUACCCCACCUCUUAUAGUUCAUGGAGCAGCUAAACUUGUAGAUCUGAAGGAAUCCUUGAGAUUGCAAAAGGAACAGAGAGAAAAAUUACAGAUAAUUCAAACUAAACACGCGGUAGAACGUUUAAAUAAUCAAGCAGGAUUAUACAAAAUAGGUGCUAUACCUAAAAACGUUGGAAAUUACCGUUUACAAGACGCGAGCAACUCCUCAUCUUCUUCAGACUAUGAAGAAGAAAAUGAAAUGCAUAAUGAAGAUUACGAUAAAGGUGGAACAGUUGUGUUUACAGUGGAAUCUAUAGAAUGUUAAUAUAAAAUAUUAUAUAUUUUGUAUAUAUGCGUACCGAUAAUUCUGAAAAAAUUUAUUUCCUCGAAUAAUUAUUUUUCUUACGAUACGA